AUGGACCACGAGUUGCCACUGAAGCUUUUUCUCAAGGAGGAGGUGGCGCGAAAUGUUUUGCCGCUGGAGUUGCAGCCAGGUGGGCUUCCUUUGACGCUCAACCAACGGCUGCAACUGGCAGUUGCUUUGGAACUCAGUGCGGAGCAGCUACUCCUGCCGCACCAAGGAGACCUCUGCAAGAUUGUCCUUGGUGAUUUGAGAGCGGAACCUCGUGAGGACAGAGUGCGAUGGUUCAAGCUCACGGCCAAGCAUGUCCCCUUCAAAAAUUUUCUCCAAGUACAGGGUGUGGCCCAUGCUGGCUAG